AUGGGUCGCGAAAGACAGAAGAAGAAGAACAGGUCUUCGAUUCCGAAAGCCAGGCCGAAAGACAACAGGACAAAAGCUGGCAAGAAGAGGGUAAAUUUUCUGGGCAACGAGACUAUCGCAAAGAAUUGGGACCGCAAACAGACUUUGUCGCAAAACUAUAAGCGACUGGGGUUGUCCUCCAGACUGAAUGCUGCGACAGGUGGGACAGAAAAGAAGGCAGGCAAGGACACACUCAACGCAGAACAUGUCAAAAGGGACUCCCUUGCCAUCGCCGGCCCAUUAACCGCCAAUCUCACACCUCAGGAAGUCCAAGUCGAGCGAGACCCGGAGACAGGUCGUAUUCUUAAGAUCAUUCGACCAGAGACGGGCGAGGCGAACGAUAAUCCACUCAACGACCCUUUGAACGAUAUUGUCGAUGUUGAAAAUGACAAACCGAGGUCACAGGCUGCCAAUGGCAUCGUGGCAGAACUGGAAGCGCAGGCUGCAGAAGAGGAAGAACUACUGGCAAAGAGGAAGCGACCACGACAGCAGAGCCAGCGGGAAGAAGAAUGGAUUGCCACGCUGGUGGAGAAGCACGGCGACGACGUCAAAGCCAUGGCCAGAGAUCGGAAGCUCAAUCCAAUGCAACAGACAGAAGGCGACAUCGCUCGCAGGCUCCGAAAGUGGAAGGCGAAUCACGGAGAUGUUACGACAUGA